CGUCCUAGUGGUCGUUGAAAGUAAUAAAGAUGGCUUCAGCCACUAGCACCGGCAGCAAGACUCUGAGUGUCCUGCUCUUCCCCCACUUUGCGACUAGCCACAUCGAGCCCUUCACCGAGCUCGCCCUUCGCCUCGCAGCGUCUAGGCCAGACGCCGCCGUGGAAGCGAUCGUCGCGGUCACGCCGGCGAACGUUCCGGUCGUCCAGUCCUUCCUGGAUCGCCGAUGGCACGGGCAUAGCGCAGCAACCGUCAAGAUAGUGACGUAUCCGUUCCCAACGGUGGAGGGCCUGCCCAAGGGCGUCGAGAACCUUGGGAAGGCGGCCACUCAGGCGGAUUCUAUGCUCAUCAACCUCGCUGCCUCGAGCGAUACCCUGAUGCGCCCCGCGCAGGAGGCGCUCAUCCGGGCGCGGUCUCCAGACGCGAUCUUCACCGACAUGCUCUUCACCUGGAGCAGCGACAUCGCCGACGAGCUCGGCGUGCCAUGCGUCGCAUUCAAUGUCGUUGGCGCCUUCCCGAUGCUCGCUAUGCGCCACCUCCUGAUGGAGGACGCUGCGAUCGACGGAGAUGACAUGGUGACGGCCCCUCCGUUUCCGAUCCCUCCUAUACGGGUCCCGAGGACCGAGCUGCCGGACCUAUCGAUAAGUCGAUACAUCUUCGACAAGGUUUAUUCCAUGCAAGCUGCAUGCUUCGGCCUCGCCGUCAACACGUUCUCUGGCCUGGAGCAGCAGUACUGCGACAUGUACUUGGGCCAAGGGUACGUCCAGCGCUCCUACUUUGUAGGGCCUCUCUCGCUGCAACUGCAGUCCUCUGACUCUGAUCAGAGCGCCACGGAUGCUGGUGAUUCACAGUACAUCGAUUGGCUUGACACAAAGCCAGACCAUUCGGUCGUGUACGUGUCCUUUGGCACGUGUGCCCUCGCAUCGGAGGCUCAGCUUGACCAAAUUGCUCUUGGGUUGGAGGCCUCGGGGAAGUCGUUUUUGUGGGUGGUCAGGGGGGCGGACAAGUGGGCUCCACCCAAAGGGUGGGAGAAGCGUGUGGACGACCGGGGGAUCGUCAUCCGAUCCUGGGCUCCACAAACCGCCAUACUAGCUCACCCGGCAGUGGGCGCAUUCGUGACGCAGUGCGGGUGGAACUCCGUCAUAGAGGCGGUGGCCGCGGGCGUGCCUAUGCUCACAUGGCCAAAGGUGUACGAGCAGUUCAUCACCGAGAGGCUAAUCACGGACGUACUAGGAAUCGGGGAGCGACUGUGGCCGCACGGCGCUGGCUUACGAAGCGAGGAUUACGAAAAACAUGAGGUGAUCCCGGCCCACGAUGUGGCGCGGGCGUUGCUCACAUUCAUGCAUCCUGGAGGGCCUGGGGAGGUGAUGAGGACCAGGGUUAUGGACCUCGCCUCAAAGUCUCGUGCGGCCAUGGCAGAAGGAGGCUCCUCGCAGAACGAUUUGCACCGCCUCGUCAAUGAUCUCAUCGCAGCAAGAGGAUAGCCAGCUGGAAGGACGCCCAUGGGUUAAACUCGUCGCACCUACGUACAACAUUAUGUGUCUUUCAGUCUGUUCUAUUUUUCCUUGUACCAAUCCACGACGUAUGUUUUCGUCUAGUAUUUGUUUUGUCAUCUGGUAUUUUGCACUCGUCUGUUAUAUCUUGUAAUAAUGAAAUAAAAUCUCUGCCGCCCUGUAUUGCAAAUUUGUUGA